AAACUCCAUAACUAAGGCAAAUAUUCUUAGCCCCGCGCUCCCUCUACCUCUUGGCUGUAAAGGUCCGCGUGGAAGGAAGAGUCUCCGGUUCAGCGCUGAUUUUCUUAAUUAUCUCGACCGGGACGGCAAGAUGGCAUCCAUGUACGAGAAGGGCGACAUGAAGAGCGGGAUGAUGGAUGACGGUGCGCCCAUCCACCGCAUCCGCAUCACACUCACCUCCAGCAACGUCAAGUCGCUGGAGAAAGUGUGCUCGGAGCUGGUGCGGGGAGCCAAGGACAAGCAACUCAAGGUGAAAGGCCCUGUUCGCAUGCCCACCAAGACCCUGCGUAUCACCACCCGUAAGACCCCUUGCGGCGAGGGCUCCAAGACGUGGGACCGCUUCCAGAUGAGGAUCCACAAGCGCGUCAUCGACCUUCACUCCCCCUCCGAGGUUGUCAAGCAGAUCACCAGCAUCAGCAUUGAGCCAGAUGUCGAUGUGGAGGUGACCAUCGCUGAGUAGAGGGACCGCGAGGAUAAAUAAAUGAUGUCGCCCUUC